AUGCGUCAGCAAGCUAUUGGUCUGGAGAGUCAACCGGUCACGAUGGAAGUGGAAAAGGGGGCCAUCCUCCGGUUUGCCGAAGCUAUCGGCGACCUCAAUCCUCAGUACACUGACGAGGCCGCCGCCCGCAAGUCCAUGCUUGGUGGAUUGGUAGCCCCGCCUACUUUUCUCCGCUCCGUGCGCGGGGUCAACCUGGAGUUGCCCUUCGAGCUUUCCUUCAGUCGCCGGUUGGACGGCGGCAGUGACUGGGAAUAUUUCCAGCCGGUGCGACCCGGGGACCGUAUUACUGCAGUGGCUCGCAUAGGCGAAUUGACCGAGCGGGCCGGCCGUCUGGGCGUCAUGGUGUUUAUGACUACCGUAACCACCUACAGCAACCAGUUCGACGAGGUGGUCGCCACCCAGACCAAUACCCUGAUAGCAUAUUAG